AUGGAAAGUGGGUGGAAGCCUGAGGUUGAGAUGUCACCAAAUUGCCCUAGGUGUGGUUCUUCCAACACCAAGUUCUGCUACUACAACAACUACAGCUUAACUCAACCAAGGUACUUUUGCAAGGGGUGCAGAAGGUACUGGACCAAAGGAGGGUCUCUCCGCAAUGUGCCUGUCGGAGGUGGCUGCAAGAAGAACAGAAGAGGUAACAAGACCUUGUUGAGACAAUCCAUUGAUGGUUUCACUUUCAAAAACUCGUCGCCACCUUGUGGCUAUGCCACAGAUCACAAUAAUAACCCUUUAGGGCAUUCUUAUGAUCCUAGAAUAAGGGCUUCUUCAGCUUCUAGCUCCUCCUCAGUAGUGACUGAUGGACCUAACAUUGAUCUUGCUCUAGUUUUUGCAAAUUUCCUUAACCAAAAGCCCAAUAGUUCUGAAGGUGGGGUUGAGAGUAGUACUAAUCCAGAUCAAGAGCAAACAGUUUUUGAUCCUUCUCUAGAAAACAAUUCAAGGCUAUCAAACACAGAUGUUGUUGGUCCAAGUACUUUGCCUGAAGAACUUGGUCUCACUGGGUGUUUGAAUCUUCCUGAACAACAACCACACACACAUUCUAGUGAGGCUAAUAAUAACAAUAACCAAAUGUGCUAUGGUGAGUUCAACACUAUGCAGACACUUCAAAAAGAUGGAAUUGAGCAAUACAGUAGUCAUGGUGGUGCUAUGAAUUUUGAGCUGCCACCAUUGCCGGGUGAAGGGGAAGCCUCACAUGAUCAUCACAUGAUGUGGUCGAAUUCUGAGAUGAUGAUAAAUCAUCAUGCAUUUCAAGUCACACAACCUCCACUACUUGGACUUGAAGUUCAUGAUGCAGACUUAUUAAUAGGUAAUUGGAGCCCCUUUGAUUCGCCAAAGGAUACUUCUUUUUCCAGGCCUUGA